UUUUCAUAAUGUUCGCCGAGGCGGAUAGCAUUCCUAGGGCAAAAUAUGGCAACAUGAUGCAUUCUGACCCAAAUCUUUCUUCCACGAUGACCCAACAAACAGAGGAAGAGUAUGGCGUACGCAACAGCAGUGCAUCUGCGGUUGGCACGGGCAUGUAUGAUAGAAUGAGUUGUGAAGGUUCACCUAUGAUGAUGUCUCCUUGGAACCAAGCUACUCCAUUUACUCAAACACAAUGGUCUAGUGUUGAAGAAAAUCUACCCCAAAAUGGCCUUAUUGGUUCGCUUGUUCGUGAAGAAGGGCACAUUUAUUCUUUAGCUGCCACCAAAGAUCUUCUUUAUACUGGUUCUGAUAGUAAGAACAUACGUGUGUGGAAGAAUCUAAAGGAGUUUAGUGCAUUCAAAUGUAACAGUGGAUUGGUAAAGGCCAUUGUUAUUUCAGGCGAGAAGAUUUUCACAGGUCACCAAGACGGAAAGAUUCGAGUUUGGAAAGUCUCCCCUAAGAACCAAAGUUUGCACAAACGCUCUGGAACAUUACCAACUUUGAAAGACAUAUUCAAGGCAUCUCUUAAACCAAGAAACUAUGUUGAGGUGAAGAAACACCGCACUGCUCUUUGGAUCAAACACGCUGAUGCCGUUUCAUGUUUGAGCUUAAACAUUGAACAAGGAUUGUUGUAUUCAGCUUCAUGGGACAGGACCAUUAAGGUGUGGAGGAUUGCUGAUUCAAAAUGUCUAGAAUCGAUUCCAGCUCAUGAUGAUGCUGUAAACUCAGUGGUGUCAACAACAGAAGCAAUUGUAUUCUCUGGAUCAGCUGAUGGUACAGUCAAGGCAUGGAAGAGAGACCAACAAGGAAAACACACAAAACAUACAUUAAUGCAAACACUAACUAAACAAGAGAGUGCAGUCACAGCUUUAGCUGUAAGCAAGAAUGGUGCGGCUGUGUACUUUGGCUCGAGUGAUGGUUUGGUCAACUUUUGGGAGAGGGAGAAGCAAUUAAACUAUGGUGGUGUUCUCAAGGGCCACAAGCUUGCUGUCCUUUGCCUAGAAGUGGCAGGGAGUCUUGUCUUUAGCGGAUCAGCUGAUAAGACAAUAUGUGUGUGGAAGAGAGAUGGAAAUAUUCAUACAUGCCUCUCAGUAUUAACUGGUCACACAGGUCCUGUAAAAUGUUUGGCUGUAGAAGCUGAUAGAGAAGCCUCAGAAGGUCCAGAUAAAAAAUGGAUUGUAUAUAGUGGAAGCUUGGAUAAGUCAGUUAAAGUUUGGGGAGUUUCAGAAUCUUUCAUUGACAUGAACCAAAUGGGUAUGAUGCAGCAACAACAUGUUAUAUCACAUUCUGAGCCUUUCAUGUCUGAUGGCAGUUUCUCUUCAUCAGCUGGUGGAGCUAGCAGUCAUCGAAGACAGUAAUCAUGGUUUGUGGUUUGUCCUUCAAAAUACAACUCUAUUUGAAUUAUUCAUUUGUUUA